CUUCCAUAUACAUUCGGAAUAUCACCAGUAAAAGUAUGUUCAAGAUUUGCAUGAUCAAGAAUGAAUGUGUUCUAUAUAUGGGCUGUCUGUAUUCAGUGAAGUUGUCUGAUGGAUUGAAGAUUGAACGUUGGAUGAAAUUUAGUGAUUGAAAAGUGAUGAUGGGAGAUUGAAAAAUAACAGUAACCAACUCCCAGGAUAAUUUUUUUUUGCUUUCUUUAGGAUAUUGUCAAGUUGGGGAGUCCAUGAGUUUUCACAAGCCUUUGACCAUUCGAUAGGCACAUUCAUUUCAAUUUACUUAACAUUAAUACUAACCCAUAAUUAUAGAAUGUCUAGAUUAAACGAAUAUCAAGUUAUCGGUCGUCGUCUUCCAACUGAUUCUGUUCCAGAACCAAAAUUAUACCGUAUGAGAAUUUUUGCUCCAAACGUUGUUGUUGCUAAAUCUCGUUACUGGUACUUCUUACAAAAAUUACAUAAAGUUAAAAAAGCCUCUGGUGAAAUUGUUUCUGUCAAUGUUAUCCAUGAAGCUAGACCAACCAAAGUUAAGACUUUCGGUAUCUGGUUAAGAUACGAUUCCAGAUCUGGUAUUCACAACAUGUACAAAGAAUACAGAGGUACCACCCGUGUUGAAGCUGUUGAAAUCAUGUACCAAGAUUUAGCUGCUAGACACAGAGCUAGAUUUAGAAGUGUCCACAUCUUAAAGGUUGUUGAAUUAGAAAAAUCUGAUGAUGUUAAAAGACAAUACGUUAAACAAUACUUAUCUAAAGAUUUGAAAUUCCCAUUACCUCACAGAGUUCAAAAAUCCGAUAAAUUAUUCCAAUCUCGUGCUCCUUCUACUUUCUACUAGAUUAUUUAGUUGUAAGUACCUAUUGAAAUAAUUAAAUAAAUAAAAAAACAACCUCAUAAGGCUAUUUUGAUAUUGAAAAUGGUUUCUAUAUUUUAAUCUUUUC